UCCAUACAGCCAGCCAUGAGGAGGAGGAUACAACACAGAUCACUCCACUGACUGACAAUGUAGUCUACAUCACACAACUGUGUAGUGUGGAUCCCUGGCCUGGAUCUGGACCAGCAGCAACAACUAACAAGACAACUGGUGAUGAAUUGGGAUGAGUUCCACACUGAGACUUGAGAGGACUUCUCAUCCAUUCCUACUGAUGGGAAGCGGCCAUCUUUCUGGAUCGACGAUCUACCUCCCAACCGUCUGAUUGACGACAGGACAGGAAGACAUGCUGUGAAGAGAGACAGAAGACAGACAGACAGUCUAGUUGGAAGGAAUAAAGGAGGACCGUUAGCCUGUGUUUCCUGCUGCCAUGCCGUGGUACAUCCUGCCCUGCCAGCCCAGCUGCCACAUGAUCUGGCUGGUUCUGGCUGCCCUUCUGCUGCUACUGACGGGCUGUGUGUCUGUGUCUCUGGAAGAGCUGCCCAGGGGCCCAGGGGACAUAGCUGGCAGCGGGUCCAUGAGCGCCAGCACUAACACGAACGCUCGCCAGUACAACUCUAUCCAGCACGGAUCCUGCACCUAUACCUUCCUGCUACCAGAGAACGCUGGUGGGAACAGGCCGUGCUGGACGGAGGCGGAGGGGGUCGGCAGCUCCAGCACCAGCCAGGGACAGGGCCAGUACCAGGGGAACACUCUACAGGGAGAUGCCCCCCUGAUAAAGCCCAAGCUCCCAGGACUGGCCCCGACUCUGGGCAGCCAGAGGAUCCAACACCUGGAGCACGUCAUGGACAACUACACACAGUGGCUUCAGAAAAUUGAGAGAUAUGUGAAGGACAGUCUGAAUGUGGAGAUGGCUCAGCUGCAGCAGAGUGCUGUCCACAACCACACAGCUGCCAUCUUGGAUCUAGGCACCAACCUCCUGACCCAGACUGCCCAGCACACACGGAAACUGACAGACGUAGAGAUCCAGGUGUUGAAUCAGACCUCCAGGCUGGAGAUUCAGCUCCUGGAGAACUCUCUGUCCACCAACAAACUGGAGACCCAGCUCCUCCACCAAUCUACAGAGAUCAGCAAGCUGCACGACAAGAACAGGCUCUUAGACCAGAAGAUGCAGGAUCUGGAGUCUGGGCACCAUGAGGAGCUGGUCACCUUCCAGGAGGAGAGGUCCAGCCUGCAGCAGCUGGUAGCCAGACAGAGCAGUGUGAUCACAGAGCUGCAGACCCAUCUGGACCAGGCCACUGGCAACAACAGUAUCCUGCUUAGCCAACAACAGCAGCUCACUGACACCGUCAACAGUCUGCUGAAACUCUGCUCUAAGGACAGAGGGUCUGGAGAUAAAGCCUGUAACUGGACUGAGAAGGCUGGACUAACCCAGUGA